AUGGAAUCACUUACCAGCGUGGCGGUGGCAAGGACCCAGUUGCAGUUGCCAGUGGAAGUGACUCCUUCUAAUCGGUCCCGGAAUCUACCCAACAGCGGCCAAGUUCCACGCACUCUUCACACGUGGGACGACCCAGCAGAGCGACUACAACAGUUUUCAAAAGUUUUUGAAAUGAGCCCUUCCCUCCUCUUGCUUCCUCCCAAGGCCUCCCUGUCUCUCAGCUGCAGGGACGCGGACGGAGUUGUGGGGAGCCUGGGCGGGCUGCGUGGGCUUCGCGGAAGAGCACGCGGGCACUCGAGAGUAGGUGAGGGCGCAGAAAAGUUGGAGCCCAAUCAGCACGGAGUUGAGCUCCUGCGCCCCAACCUUCAGGUGACCCCGCGCGGCGGCUGCGGCGGCGGCGGCAGCGGCGGCGGCGGCGGCGAACAGAGCCCGCAGCAGCUCGGAGCGCCUCCGGGAGGACAGGAGGCGAGCUCGACAAAUCGUCACUGCCAUCCGAGCGCCCAACUCAGCGGUCCAGGGCUGAGUGGAGGAAGCUGGAGAGCCGGGACGCCGCGUCUUCCUUGGCCCCCAGAGACGGCGCAGGUUGGGCCGCGCCGCGCCGCGCUCUGUCGUCGUCCCUCCCGCUGCCUGGGAACACUGGAGGGGGGCGCGCUGCUCGCCCUGCUCGCGAGCCUGCUGCUGCUGCUGCGCCUGCUCUGGGGCUCCACCGAGGAGCCCGCUCGCCCCAGGCUCCUGAUGGAGGAGAGCAGAGAGGCCACGCAUGGCACCCACGCCGCGCUGAGGAUGCUCAGGAGCCCUGCGACCCUGCCACCGCGCGCCAUGAACAGCACCUAUCCGAAUGAGAAGUCACUUCAGCUGACAGAGAGAUGCACGAAUCUGCAGGAUGGCUUUAAGACGUUAUCUAACAAAACGAAGCGAUAUUCAGAGGAUGACUAUCUUCAGAUUAUCACAAAUAUACAGAGAUGUCCAUGGAAACGACAAGUAGAAGAAUAUGAGAAUUUUAGAGCAAAACUUGCUUCCUGUUGUGAUGCUGUUCAAAACUUUAUUGUUUCUCAAAAUAACACUCCAGUUGGGACUAACAUGAGUUAUGAGGUGGAAAGUAAAAACGAAAUCCUAAUUAGAGAGAACAUUUUUAAUAUGUUUCCAGUGUCUCAGCCUUUUGUGGAGCACCCUUACAAUCAGUGUGCAGUGGUAGGAAAUGGAGGAAUUUUGAAUAAGUCUCUCUGCGGAGCCGAAAUAGACAAAUCCGACUUUGUUUUUAGGUGUAACCUCCCCCCAACCACAGGAGAUGCUAGCAAAGAUGUUGGCAGCAAAACCAAUCUUGUGACCGUAAAUCCCAGUAUCAUAAGACUAAAAUAUGGGAACUUAAAGGAAAAGAAAGCAGUAUUUCUGGAGGACAUCGCAACCUAUGGAGAUGCAUUCCUUCUUCUGCCAGCGUUUUCCUUCAGGGCCAACACCGGUGCCUCUUUUAAAGUGUACCACACACUGAAAGAAUCUAAAGCCAGACAAAAGGUUAUAUAUUUCCAUCCCAAGUACCUGAGAAACCUUGCCCUUUUCUGGAGAACUAAAGGUGUGACAGAGUAUCGCUUGUCUUCUGGUUUGAUGAUCACAAGUGUGGCAGUUGAACUGUGUGAGAACGUGAAACUGUAUGGAUUUUGGCCCUUCUCUAAAACGAUACAUGACACACCUGUCAGCCAUCACUACUAUGACAACAACUUACCUAAACGCGGGUUCCACGAGAUGCCCAAAGAAUAUAGACAAAUUCUCCAACUUCAUAUGAAGGGAAUCCUCAAAUUACAAUUUAGCAAAUGUCAAAUAGCCUAAACAUAGUGUCGUUAAAUGGGGAUAGUUUUAAUGGAAUGAUGUAGGUGGGUAAUGAUGUUUCUGAAGACAAAAAGAGGCGACUGUAGGGUACAAUAGGAGAAGCCCCGAAACUCGGUUUGAUCAAAGCUCCCCACUAACUGUGCA